AUGAGUAAAGAAUUCGAGACACAAUCAUCAUUUGAUAAAUUUUACAAGACAACAGAAGGAUAUUUUCAAUGGGAAGAAGUUGGUAAAAAAGUUAAAAUAUCUAAUCAUACAGGAUAUUCAUUAUAUCAUGUAAAUAGAAAUAUGGAUGAUAGAUUUGUAGAAGAUUUAUUAUUAGAAGAAAAUUCAAAUUUAGAUGAUGAGUAUAUGAAAGAAAUAUGUUCUUUUAUUAAAUGUGAAAAUCCUAGUGAAAUGAAUUGUUGGAAUCCAAUUGAAGUUAAAGGUCAUUGUUGUAAAAUAUGUGGAAAAUCUAUAUUAUUUGAAAUUGAUAAAAGUGAUUCAGUAAAACAAUUUAUGUAUUUUUCAUUAGUUAAAAUAAAUGAAAUAAAAAAGUUAUAUAAUAAUUUAUAUGGUAUUUCAUUUUCUAGAAUUACAAUGACUCCUACAAUUAAACCAACAUAUCAAUUAGUUGUAUUUCAAUCAAAUAAUUCAUUAACAUAUAAUACAACUAUAAUAGAAAGUAUUAUUAAUCAAACAAUUCCAAUAUUUAAUUUAUUUGGUAAAUCAGAAAUAAAUAUUUUAUAUGAAAAUGCUUCGAAAAAUAUAUUAUUUUGGAGUGUUGAAAAAAAAGUAUUGUUAAUAUUACUAUGUUUAAUAAUACUAUUAGCUUAUAUGGCUUUAAAAUUUAAUCUUAUAGAAAAAAUAAAAAAUUACACAAGAUUUAUUUAUUAUAAUGUCCCUGAAGAAAACUUUAUUAUCAGAUACAAAAAUGACAAUGUUAAUAUAAGUAGAACAAAAGAAGAAACCGUAUGUUUAUUGUUAGAAGAGGAGGAGGAAGAAUGUAAUUCAAUAAAAAAUAUUUAA